CCCACACCUCAUCACACCAAACCCCACACUCUCAACAACCGGUUUCCGCCCCUUUCUCUAUAUAUUCGCCGCAUGGCCGCCUCCUUCCGCGCUCUCUCCGCCGCUCUCCCCAAUCAAUCCCUCACCCGAUCGCCGCCGCGCUUCCUCGCCGCCACCUCUCUCAGUCUCAGAUUGAAUUCGGUUUCCUACACGCCGAGGCGCGGAGCAACCAGAGCUUCCAUGGCUGAGAUCGUGACGCCGAAGAGCAAGGGCAAAGUCAAAGUGUUCGAUACGGAAGAACAUCUGGCGGUGUCGCUCGCGGAAUACGCCGCUGAUCUAUCCAAAAAAUCGUCGCAGCGGAAGGACUCGUUCACCGUUGUUCUCUCCGGCGGAUCACUCGUUAAGUCUCUUAGGAAAUUAUUGGAGCAGCCGUUCAUUGAUUCAGUAGAUUGGUCAAAAUGGCAUGUGUUUUGGGUGGAUGAGAGAGUGGUGCCGAAGGAUCAUCCUGAUAGUAAUUAUCUCCUUGCUUACAAUGAGUUUCUAUCCAAGGUGCCAAUUCCCACGGGCAACGUGUAUGCUAUAAAUGAUGCACUGUCCGCAGAAGGUGCAGCAGACGAUUACGAGACCUGUCUCAAGCAUUUGGUGAAAACUAAAACAAUAGAUCAAUCCGAGAGCACUGGGUUCCCCAAAUUUGACCUUAUGCUAAUGGGCAUGGGUCCUGACGGCCACAUUGCUUCCUUGUUCCCCGAACACCCUCUCAUUCACGAAAAAGAGAAGUGGGUUUCCUUCAUCACAGAUUCACCUAAACCCCCUCCAGAAAGGAUCUCUUUCACUCUCCCGGUCAUCAAUUCCUCUGCGAACAUCGCCCUUGUUGUCGCGGGUGCUGGUAAAGCCAACGCGGUACAUAUUGCGCUGAGUGAUGUUUCGAACUCCGACGUGCUUCCGGUCCAACUGGUUGCACCGGAAGGGGAGUUGUCGUGGUUUUUGGACAAGGGGGCAGCUUCCAAGCUCUAGUUUUAACGCGAAUUCAGGGAUGAGUGUUGUGUCAGUUGGAAUGUUGUUCUAUGAAUAAACUUAAACUUGGAAUUUUUGUAUUCUAGUGUGCUACUUGGAUUGGACUUAAUAUAUCAAAUACUGUGAAGAUUGUUUUUGUAUUA